UGUUUGUUUAUUGGGGGUAUUUAAGUUUGUUUGGAAUUUGAUUAUUAUUUUUUUUUUUUUUUUUUUUGGCGUUUCAAACCGAAGCGAAGAACAAGAACUGCAUUAAAAACUUUGGACAACUGAGUCAACGCAGAAGCCUACAGAAAAAAAAGAGAUAUCUAAUUCUGCAUGUGUAAAUAUCUAGAUAGAUUGUAAGGGGAAGAGAUAGGUGGAGAGGGGAGUCACUCAUGACAACUAUAUAUUGAAGAACGCGUGUGGUUCUGGAUACGACAUGUACCGGUCACAGGUGCUCCUGUCCUGUGUGUGUUGGGUCUUGCUAUGGAUCCCGGAUCCGGUACAGUCGCAGUCUCAAGGAGUGUCGGUUUGCUCUGGCACUCAGAACUCCCUCAGUGUCACUGGGAACUCAGAGCGGCAGUACCAGAUGAUGCAGAAGAUGUACGAUGGCUGUGAGAUCGUCAUGGGCAACCUGGAGAUCACACACAUGGAGCACAGCCGCAACUUCAGCUUCCUGCAGUCCAUCAGGGAGGUGACUGGCUACAUCCUCAUCGCUAUCAACCAGUUUGACUUUCUGCCUCUGCAGAACUUACGAGUGAUCAGAGGCACCAGUCUGUACGAGGACAUGUACGCACUGGCCAUACUGAUCAACUACCAGAAGGAGGGGGUGCUGGGGCUCAAACAGCUGGGCUUGACGCAGCUGACAGAGAUCCUGGAAGGGGGGUUGCUGAUCCAAAACAACAAGUUCCUGUGCUACGCGCCCCAGAUCAACUGGGAGGACAUCGUGAGGGAUUCGGACGCCAGGGUCAUGAUUGAUAACAACAGCGUGGAUGACAACUGCUCCUGCCACGAGUCUUGUAAUCACCGAUGCUGGGGUCCCGGGCCAGAUAAGUGUCAGAUCUUGACGAAGACGGUCUGUGCCCCGCAGUGUAACGGGCGCUGUUUCGGGAGGAGCCCCAGUCAGUGCUGUCACAGUGAGUGUGCGGGAGGGUGCUCCGGAGUGCUGGACACCGACUGCUUUGCCUGCAGCCACUUCAAUGACUCGGGGGCCUGUGUGCCGCUCUGCCCGCAGCCUCUCAUCUACAACAAGCAGAGCUUCCAGCUGGAGCCCAACCCCAACGCCAAGUACCAGUACGGCUCGAUCUGCGUCAGCCAGUGCCCCCUGAACUUCGUGGUGGACGGCAGCUCCUGCGUCCGCGCCUGCCCCCCAGAUAAGAUGGAGGUUGAGAAGAAGGGAGUGAAGCAGUGUGAGCCGUGCGACGGACCCUGCCCCAAAGCCUGCAAGGGAACAGGUUCCAAAAAGAGGCAGACCGUGGACUCCAGCAACAUCAGCAGCUUCAUCAACUGCACCAAGAUCCAGGGCAACCUGCACUUCCUGACCACCGGCAUCGACGGGGACCCCUGGCGCAACAUCUCUGCUCUGGAUCCUGAGAAGCUGAAGAUCUUCGGGACCGUGCGGGAGAUCACAGGUUUUCUUAACAUCCAGUCGUGGCCCAAACAGUUCAACGACUUCAGCAUCUUCUCCAAUCUCACCACCAUCCGCGGACGCACGCUCUACAAUGAUUUCUCGAUGCUGGUGAUGAAGCUGCCCAAUGUGACCUCUCUGGGGCUGAGAUCCCUGAGGGAGAUCAGCUCAGGCAGUGUGUACAUCAGUGACAACCCCCAGCUCUGCUUCCACCACACCAUCAACUGGAGCUUCCUCACCAAGUCCAGGGAACGACAGGGAACCAAAAUCAAGAACAACCGCCCGGAACAGAGCUGCAUGUCAGAGGGUCAUCUCUGUGACCCGCUGUGCUCCAGCAAUGGCUGCUGGGGUCCGGGUCCGGAUCAGUGCCUGUCCUGCCGCAACUACAGCCGAGAGGGGACCUGUGUGCCAGACUGCCACUUCAAUCAGGGUGAGUUUCGGGAGUUUAGCACACCCUCGAACGAGUGUUACCCAUGUCACCCAGAGUGUCUGAAAAUUGAAGGAGAGCCCAGCUGCAGAGGGCCGGGUCCGGAUGCCUGUGUUUACUGCGCUCACUUCCAGGACGGCCCUCACUGUGUGGAGUCCUGCCCAGAGGGCAUCAUGGGACAGCGGGGCCGCAUCUUCAAAUACCCCAACGCCGAGCGCCGCUGUGAGCCCUGCCACUCAAACUGCACCCAGGGGUGCAGUGGCCCGGAGGAGAGUGACUGUUUUGGAAACCCCAGCGCUGUGUCCAGUGUCCCCACCACAGGGAUCGUGCUGGGAGUGCUCUCAGGGCUCAUCGUCUUCGCCUCCGUGUUUGUGCUGACCAUGCUGUACCGCCGCGGGCUGGCCAUCCGCAGGAAGAGAGCCAUGAGGAGGUACCUGGAGAGCGGAGAGUGUCUAGAGCCCCUUGACCCGGGGGAGAAGGGUUCAAAGGCCCACGCCAGAAUUCUGAAGGUGGCAGAGUUACGAAAGAUGAAGGUUCUGGGUUCUGGAGUCUUCGGGAUUGUGCACAAGGGAUUCUGGAUUCCCGAAGGAGAUUCAGUGAAGAUUCCUGUCGCCAUUAAGACUAUCCAGGACCGGACUGGCCGACAGACCUUCCAUGAGGUCACUGAGCACAUGCUGGCUAUGGGCAGUCUGGACCACACCUACUUGGUGCGCUUACUGGGGGUCUGUCCUGGAGCCUGCCUGCAGCUUGUCACUCAGCUCAGCACGCAGGGGUCCUUGCUGGAACACAUCAGGCAGAAGCAGGACAGCCUGAGCCCCCAGCGUCUGCUGAACUGGUGUGUCCAGAUCGCCAAGGGCAUGUAUUACCUAGAGGAGCACAAGAUGGUCCACCGGAAUUUAGCCGCUCGGAAUGUCCUGCUCAAAUCGGACAACAUCGUCCAAAUCUCGGAUUUCGGGAUCGCAGACCUGCUGUAUCCCGACGACAAGAAAUACUACAACGACGUCAAGACCCCUAUUAAAUGGAUGGCGCUGGAGAGCAUACACUUCCGCAGAUAUACUCACCAGAGCGACGUGUGGAGCUACGGUGUGACAGUGUGGGAGAUGAUGACGUUUGGGAACGAGCCCUACUCUGGCAUCCGCCCACAGGAAGUGCCGGACCUGCUGGAGAAGGGGGAGCGCCUGUCCCAGCCUCACAUCUGCACCAUCGACGUCUACAUGGUCAUGGUGAAGUGUUGGAUGAUUGACGAGAAUGUCAGACCCACCUUCAAAGAGCUGGCCAAUGAAUUCACUCGGAUGGCCAGAGACCCGCCCCGCUAUCUUGUCAUCAGUCGUAACAAUGGCUACAUGGAGCCCCCGUUUGAAGAGGUCUCCCAGAAGGGGGGGGAGCUAGAUGGCCUGGAGGUGGAGCUGGAGGAGGAGGAGGCGGGGCUUGACGGUACCUUGAAUCCCUCCUCCCUCUACCUCACUCCCAUGCGCUUCCCAUGUCGUCAUCGGAUAGACUCUGCAAAGAGCAUGGGCAGUCCUGCGGGGUACAUCCCAAUGACUCCCGGGACAGCGGGAGAGCACUCCAGACAGGUCGUGUGGCCCUCGAGGGGCCGCCUGGACUCGACCCGAACGCUCUCGGAGUCCUCGGAGGGACGUGGCACGGCGUCGGAGCUGGAGAUGAACGAGGACAGCUCAUUGGCUGGGAGCCUGCGCAGGGGGCGGCGCCGGGAGGACAGCGCCUAUCACUCGCAGCGCGUCAGCCUAAUCAAUCCCGUGGAAACAGGGGACCUGGAGGAGGAGGAGGACCACAACGGAUACGUCAUGCCGGGAACCUCCGGCAGCCCCGAGAAAGAGCCACACUUGUCCUUGUCGGGCCCCCGUGACGACGACAGUGAAGAAUAUGAAUACAUGAACAAACAGAGCCGUCUGCUCGCACUGUCACCACGCUGCAGUACUGCCGAGCCACCCCCGGGAGGCGCUGCUGAGCUCAAGCAGAGCAGGUCCCCACGCUGCCCUGCCUCCAAAUCCCCAGCAGCCCCUGCUGAGCAACAGAAACAAAAAGACACUGUAGAGUACGAGUACAUGGACACGCGCAACGUGGUGCUGGACCCCAAGGAGCCUCCGAGCGCCACCCGGAGGAAGGAGGACCAAACAACAGCCAAGGAGGAGAAAGAGGAAGACUACGAGUACACGAACAAGCAGCCCAGACUGACCAAGUCACUGAGCAUGCUCCAAAACUUCAGCAAGGCGCAAGUGGAACGCGAGAGGACUGGGAAAGCAGCGUCGGUGGAAGAUUUGUGUUCAAACGGUCCGGAAUCGGGAAGCACGGCCCCGGAUCAGCAGGAAUACGAGGAGAUGGACGCGUUCGCACUUCCGGAAGACUCCAAGGAUCACGCCAUUAACACGACGCCCCCGGAAAAGGCGCCGGAAUAUCAGAACUUUCCCGAAGCGGAGAAAGCGAGCGAGAAGGGCCGUGUGAACGGGUUUGUGAAAAUGCGGGCCGGUGCUGGUGAGCGGGACCACUCCUUCGAUAACCCCGAUUACUGGCACAGCAGACUCUUCCUCAAACCAGAUGCUGUGCGCACGUAGGAUAAGCUAACCCCCUAAACUCAGACCAGGGAUCGCACCAGUCGACUGUUUGCAGCUGAUCAAGAACAUGAGCGUUUAAGCUAAUAGAAUCUAACGCUGUGUGUUUCUAGAGUUGUAGGUGAAUCGGUCCUUUUCAACCACAAGAAUGAUGCUAUCUUGGUUAUGGAUAGCAAAUAUAGCUGAAGAUUAAGGGGUUCAUUCUCCUGCUUAAUCCUUGUGCUAUACUACCAUCUGGUGGGCAAUUGAUGAAAUGUUUAGUGUCACGCGUGGACAAAUAUUGGAACUGCAAAGUCUUUUUAAAUAGCAAUGCUUAAGACUGCAAAUUCCUUGAAUGAGAUUUCUCUUAGAACAAAUGCCAUGUUAUGACUUUAUGGGGAAAUUCCAAUUUAAGUUUACAAUGCAACACUGCUCUAAAAUGGACAUGUCAUAUACAGGAUCAUUAUUAUCUGUUCAACCUGCAAAAAGGGAAAUAAACUAGAGGCGGCUUCCAGUCCAGGUCGCCUCCAGCUGAAACUAGGGGGUGUGUCCUAUUGGUAAAAGGGGUGUGGUUAAAUGAAGAGGAGGGGUCAAUAUCGCACAUUUAUUUUACAGCCGCUGUUUCAAUUAAAAACCACUAGAGGGCGCUGUGGUGCACUAAAUACAGUAGUGCUCUGUAGAGUUCAGUGAGCAAUGAAGGUGCUUAUUUAGAAAGAAAGGGAAAUCAAACUGUUAGCGGUACAAUUGAGGGUGGCCUUAAUAGUUCAUUGUGCCUUGCUCAAGUGGAAACAGAGUGCAGUUUAUGUCAAGAACAAAAUGAAGAAUCCAGAUACCGAAUGACAAACUUUUCAUUUUCUGCUGCCUGAAGUGGAGUCCAAAGCAUCAGAGAGAGUGCCUCACAGUUUACAGAGCCUCCUGUUCAACUACUUUUAUUUUACAGUUGCUGUUUCAAUUCAUACCCACUAGAGGGUACUGUGGUGCACUUGCUACUGCAGUCUCAGGUUCAAUGUCUUUAAUCCAAAAGAUCUUUACUUAGCCAACACCAAGAGAGAGAGAGAGAGAGAGAGAGAGAGAGAGAGAGAGAGCGAGCGAGCAGAACAUUUCACACUCUACAGCAUUUUCCUUGGGAAUCGCCCAUCAUACCUAAACUAGCUUACCUUGAAGAGCAGACUGACUUCAAUGCUAUUCUUCUUUCCGGAACCUGAAGCUACAGCAAACUUGUGUAGGAAUUCUAGAAUCUUGCACUCCUACAAGCAUUAUAGAGCCCUCUGCAGGCUAAGGAAUGGAACUGCACCUAAUUGAAGUCUCCCUUUUCAGAAGCUCUGUAAAAACCUGCAUUUCAUGUCUGCGAGAUAAGGAUUUAAAGUUUCUGUUGUAUUGUAGAUAUUUUCUAAACUGUCUGAACGCUGAAGCCUCUCCUGUAUUUCAAUCGAGGGCUGAAAGGCUUUAGAAAUGGGUUUUUUUUGUAACAUAUUUUUGGACGUGUUUGAAGUGUAAAAACCAGAGAAACUAUACACUCACUGGUACUAUUUCAAGUUCAAAUGAGAAUUUCAUAAAUACAGAUCUGGUUUACAAUCAGGGUUUAAAACACCCAGAGGGGGUCUUCAAUCACAGCGGCUUUGUCUUUAAGGGUAUAGAUCAUUAAUGAUUAAAACAAUUCAUUAUGGGCAUUGAUCAUAUAGCAAUAUCUACUGAGCGAUCAUUGCACUUAAAAGAAAGAAAUAAAGACACGCUUUGCUUGCCUGCCCCUCCUUAACAACCAAAUUCGAACCCUCUUAAUAAAGCUCUAAUCCUCCCCUAUUGUUUUCUGGUUUGCAUUUCAUGUUGCAGAUCUAAUAACAAAUGCUGUAGUCCUGACCCUCACAAGGGUCAGCCCACAGAUCCAGGCACAACACUAUAAGCGAAUGUCCUGUCGUGUGUCCCAGGUAAUAGGAACACCUGGGGUCAUGAGGUGGGGCCCUAUUUCCUGUCAGGAAGGAAGUGAUUGUCUGUAGAGUUGUGCUAGGACGGACUGACUCAAAGUGACAGUCAGAGAGACAGACAGCUUAAACUGGAGCGACGGGAAACGACAGGAAAGAAUGAAACACUUUGCUAUAACAUCUUUCAACUGUAAUCUGUGUUAGAAUGGAGAUCUGUUUUUUUAAGGUCGUGCUGUAACCUGUAUGCUGUAUUAAAUACCAAUUUAAACACUGUA